GUCUGAGUGGAGGCUGUGUGUGACUGAAGGACUGCUUUAUGCUUCUGUUCUCUGGACUUAAUUAGAAUGCUGGUCUUUGGAAUUGUGAUGAUGUUCACAGGAGCUUCCAUGGGUUUGCUGUUCAUGAACCCUGUUUGUAGAUUUACUCAGAGUGAUCCAUGUUAUGGAGCUGUGGGACGACCACUGUACCUGCAGCUGGAAUCUGAGGAUGAAUUAGACUUAAAAAAGAGCUUCAGUGGAACUUCUUCUGUUCCCAUUUUGAAAUUUAAAAACCAAAGAACCACAAUAUAUCAUUUAGAUUAUCCAAGAUGGCAGUUUGUCACUGAUAACAGAACCAUGAUAAUAAGCAGUGCAGAGAAAAGAGACUCAGGAAAAUACAUAUUAGAUACAUUUGAUUCAAGCAGAUCAAGAGUCACAUAUUUUCUCCAGCUGAUUAUUGAAGGUUUGCUGUUCAUGAACCCUGUUUGUAGAUUUACUCAGAAUGAUCCAUGUUAUGGAGCUGAGGGACGACCACUGUACCUGCAGCUGGAAUCUCAGGAUCAAUUAGACUUAAAAAAGAGCUUCAGUGGAACUUCUUCUGUUCCCAUUUUGAGAUUUAAAAACCAAAGAACCACAAAAUAUCAUUUAGAUGAUCCAAGAUGGCAGUUUGUCACUGAUAACAGAACCAUGAUAAUAAGCAGUGCAGAGAAAAGAGACUCAGGAAGAUACAUUUUAGAUACAUUUGAUUCAGACGGGGGAUCUGAAAAGGCACCUAUUUUCUCCAGCUGAUUAUUGAAGGUAGGUCUGCACAACCUCUAUACAUCACACAGCUACAAAAUAAGCAUCUCUACAAUACUUCGAAAAUGAACUCAUACAAUUCCUAAUGUUUUUUGGUCAAU